AUGAAACAUGGCAGCGGCCUCGUCAACUCCUUUGGCGUCUUCCAGUCGUACUACACGGCGCACCUCCUCUCCGGCAGCUCCCCCUCGGCCGUAUCGUGGAUCGGCUCCGUGCAGAUAUUCUGCCUCAUGGCGCUCAGCGCCGUCAUCGGCCCGCUCUACGACCGCGGCCACGCGCGCGCCCUCGUCGUCGCCGGCACGACCCUCCUCACCAUCGGCUUCCUCGCCACCUCCUUCGCGACCCGCUACUGGCACGUCCUCCUCGCGCAGGGGCUGUGCAUGGGCCUAGGUGCGUGCUGCAUCAGCGUGCCGUCCAUUGCCCUUGUGCCGCUGUACUUUCGCCGGCGCAGGGCGCGUGCCAUGGCGGCGGCGACGGUGGGGAGUGGGCUCGGCGCGACGACGUACCCUCUUCUUUUCGAGAGCCUCCAGCGGUCUGUCGGGUUUGCUUGGGCGGUCCGCGCUAUGGGCCUUGUGGCCGUCGUGCUGUGCUUGUUUGCCCUGGCGGUGAUGCGUCCCCGUACAUUGAGGGAGCGCCCGGCCUGGAUGCUGCAGCAGGGGCGUCGUGGACGUGCAGGCGGCCUCUCGCUUGCGUGGUUCGUCGACACGGGCGCGUUCAAGGAGCGGCCGUUCCAGCUCUACUGCGCGGCCAUCUUCUUCAACAACCUCGUCUUCUUCAACGCGCCGUACUACCUGCAGUCGUACGCGCUCGCGCACGGCAUGGCCGCCUCCGGGCUGGCGCACUACCUCGUCGCGAUCCUCAACGCGUGCACCAUCCCCGGACGCAUCGCCCCGUCCUUUGUGGCGGACCGCGUCGGCGCGCUCGACACGUACAUUGCCGUGCUGGCGUGCACCUCCCUCAGCCUUCUGUACUGGGUCAGCGUCAGCACGCCCGCCGGCAACGUCGCGUUUGCGGUGCUGUACGGCUUCUUCUCCGGGGGCGUCGUCUCGCUCGCGACGGUGGUGGUGACGAACAUCACGCCCGACCUGAGCCGCCUGGGGACGAGGCUCGGCAUGGUGUCGGUGCUCAAAGGCGUGGGCUCGCUGCUGGGGCCGCCCUUGUCGGGGGCUAUGCUCGACGCCACGGGCGGGUAUCUCGGCGUGCAGUUGUUUGCUGCCAUGGGCAUCCUGCUGACGACUGUGUUUUCGGUCGUGCUGCGGGUGGUGCUGGCGAGGAGGGAUGCGCAGGUGCUCAGGGGCGAGGGUGGCCUUGAAAAGGAGGCGGACGAGACGGAACAAGGGACUCGCCAGAUCCGCGGCUCGAGACGCUUGUUUUCACUCAUGAGAACAAGAGAGCCUUCUCCGGGCUGA